GAAAACGUAAACUCAAAAAAUGAUGUCCCAGGCAUUUGCAUCUCCCAUUAGCCGAAUCGGAGUUGCACUACGUUGGAACCGGCGUAGUUUGAGCACGGCGAGAUUUGUGCGUAAUGUAACACGUUCACGUCUGGUAACAAGUAGUACCUUUAUAAAAAAUUGCCCAACUGCAAAUUGUAUCCCUGCCACUAUUGGGAAUUUGCAGCAAUAUGUGCGGCAGUACGCAAAUGAAAAAAAAGUGUUUGAACGCACUAAACCUCAUUGUAAUGUUGGCACCAUUGGUCAUGUGGAUCACGGCAAGACUACCCUAACGGCGGCUAUAACGAAAGUAUUAGCUGAUAAGCAGCUGGCAGAGAGCAAAAAAUACAAUGAGAUUGACAACGCGCCUGAGGAGAAAGCUCGUGGCAUAACUAUUAAUGUGGCGCACGUUGAGUAUCAGACAGAGACCCGUCACUACGGUCAUACUGAUUGUCCCGGACAUGCUGACUACAUUAAGAAUAUGAUAACAGGCACCGCACAAAUGGACGGCGCUAUAUUAGUAGUAGCCGCCACAGAUGGUGCGAUGCCGCAAACACGUGAGCAUAUGUUGUUAGCAAAACAAAUAGGCAUCGACCAUAUUGUGGUGUUUAUCAACAAAGUCGAUGCAGCCGAUCAAGAAAUGGUGGAUCUUGUCGAAAUGGAAAUACGUGAACUUCUUACCGAAAUGGGUUACGAUGGCGAUAAAAUUCCGGUAAUCAAGGGCUCAGCAUUGUGUGCUCUUGAGGACAAAAAUCCUGAAAUUGGCGCUAAUGCGAUACUUAAAUUGCUUGAAGAGGUAGAUAAUUUCAUUCCUACGCCAGUGCGAGAGUUAGAUAAACCAUUCUUGUUGCCCGUGGAAAAUGUAUAUUCUAUUCCUGGGCGUGGUACAGUCGUUACGGGUCGUCUAGAACGCGGAGUCGUUAAGAAGGGAAUGGAAUGCGAGUUCGUGGGCUACAACAAGGUUCUAAAAUCCACAGUAACCGGAGUAGAAAUGUUCCAUCAGAUUCUUGAGGAGGCACAAGCUGGUGAUCAGUUGGGCGCCUUAGUGCGAGGUGUAAAGCGUGAUGAUAUUAAACGUGGAAUGGUCAUGUGCAAACCAGGAAGUGUCAAAGCUCUAGAUCAGUUGGAGGCGCAAGUGUAUAUACUGUCCAAGGAGGAAGGUGGUAGGACCAAACCGUUUAUGUCAUUCAUUCAGCUACAGAUGUUUUCUCGUACAUGGGAUUGUGCUGUCCAAGUACAAAUACCGGACAAGGAGAUGGUUAUGCCUGGCGAGGAUACGAAACUUAUAUUGCGCCUGAUACGUCCAAUGGUCUUAGAGCAAGGUCAACGCUUUACGCUUCGUGAUGGCAAUUUAACCUUAGGCACGGGCGUUGUCACAAAUGUUUUGCCGGCCCUUACAGAAAGUCAGCGUUCUGAGCUAACGGAGGGUAAAAAGGCGCGUGAGAAAAAGGUCGCUGCCAAAAAAUAAAACUUGUAUUCAUCAAA